AUGGGAGUGAAGGCUGUCAUGGCGGAAUUAUCAUAUCUGAAGGUCGCCGAGAUUCACGAAGACCGUGAGCUGGCAGAUAUGGGUAUUGACUCGGCUGUCUUCAACGUCACCGACCUCCCGGGUCUGAUGAGACGCGUAAUGGGUGCAUUGGGCAUGGACAUGGAUGAUGGAUGUGACGAGCGGACCGACGACACAGACAGCAACAUACCAAGCGCGAAAUCAUCGGGUGGUGCAGGCACAGUUUAUUUAAAUAUGCCGGCUCCUGGAUCAGAAAUGGACAAAGACGAUCAUACAAUCUCAGCUAGAAGCGCGCUUGACCAUCCCUUUUCAACAGUCAUGGCCACCUUCAAUGAGACAAAAGAGCUGACGGACAUACGCGUGGCCGAGUAUCUACCGCUGCAGAAUGAGCUGAAGGUUUAA